UCACCCUCACCCUCCUCCGCUUCAUCGUCGCCGUCGCCGCUCACACCGCCGUCGUCAUCUUCGCCAUCAUCAUCAUCAUCAUCACCAUUAUCUGCGGUACCGUGAUGACCCGGGAGGAUGGAGAAGUUGUCGGCGAGCCUGUCGGAGAUCUCCUGGAGCCCGUUGGCGCUGCCGUUGGACGCGGUGGUCAGCAAGUUCCGUCUGCCCACUCUGGUCCGCCUGGCCCACGGUGAAUGUGUGGAGGGUCUGUCGGAGGAGGAUGUGGUGCUGUUACACUCCUGUCGUCAGUGGACCACAGUGACUGCCCACAGCUUAGAGGAGGGACACUACGUCAUCGGACCCAAGAUAGACAUCCCUCUGCAAUACCAGGGGAAGUUCAAGUUGUUGGAUGAAGACCGAGACGUCAGGGAUCCGGUCCAGUAUUUUUCCAGUGUGGAGGAAGUUGCUGGAGUCUUCCCUGACCGGGUCUUCGUCAUGGAGAUGAUCACUUUUAGCGUCAAGGUGGUUUCAGGGGAGUUCAGUGAGGACAGUGAGCCCUACAGCUUCACUCUGCAGGCUGGAGAUGAGCUGUCACUCAUGGGGAAGGCGGAGCUUCUCUGUGCCACGCCCUCUAAGGAAAAGACGGGACUGAGCGCGCUCCUGAGACGCCUGGGCAAGACUCCUAGAAGUAAAACUCCCUGCCUGGUUUGCAUGAACCAUCGCACCAAUCAGAGUGUCAGCCUUCCCUUUGGCUGCCGUGGACGCUUUUGCACGCGAUCCCCUCUGGAGCAAGGCAUGCUGGGAGGGGAGCACACGGUACGCAGCAUCAUCGAGAGGGUUCGCCUCCCUGUCAAUGUGUCCGUGCCUUCACGACCGCCACGAAACCCCUACGAUCGCCAUGCGGUCAGAGAGGGCCACCGCUACAAGCUGCUCAACAUCGUCAGCAAGACGGUGGUGCUCUGCAUGGUGCUCCGCCGACAGGAAGUCUCGCCCUCCCACUUCCUGCUGCUGCGUUGCAUGCCGCGGUUUAACGUGGCCGAGGCCUCCGUCCACACGGCGGCGCUAGAGAGCCUCCUACUGCGACACGCAUUUGACCCAGAUGCCUACUCUCGUGCUGUUAGAGAGACCCGGCCGGAGCUGGAGUGUAUGACAGAGGAGUGUGUGAGCCCGCGGCGCUCUCGGAUGUGUGUGUCGGGUCAGGACUCCUUGGCACCGGCACUGCAGCGCCUCUCCAUGUGCGGGUAUGGGGGCGGGGUUUCGGACAGCCUAUCACAGCGCUUCAGGGACUCUAUUGGCGAGCGGCUGGGGGAGGGGCCAGGUGAGGAGCGGGAGUAUGUGACUCCUGAGUGGACUGAGGCUGAAAUGAGGACCAGUGAGGAAAUCCCUUAUGAGGAACUCUGGACCAAUCAGAGCGCAGAGGGCUUGGGGAAGGAGCCAAACCUCAUCUCCUUUCACUCGUCUUCCUCAUUGGACGGUUCUCUUGGUACCGUGCUGACAAGAGUGUCCACCCCGCCACCUGUACCUCCAAAAUCUGAUGCUGUAAGAGAGGAGUGUCGUUACUUGAUCGCCCCGCCGGUUCCCCCUCGCUGCUCUAAAGGAGGCUCCAUCUCCAGUCCGGCCCCCAGCCCUCCCGUCCCACCUCGCUUCCCCAAAACCUCCACCUCCCCGCGACCCAACCUCUCCUUCUACUCCUCUGGGCUUCAGGACAGCUGCUCGCCCUCUCCAGACGCUUCCCUCUACUGCUACCCGUGCUCCUGGGCGGACUGUCCCGCCCCUAACCCGGCCAGUCCUGAGCCAGUCUCUGCCAUCCCUGCAGACAACACGGCCAAUCCUCAGCCAGCACAGGCCACCUGGGCAGAACCAUGGGUAGAUUCCUUCACCCCCUCUGGACCCCGACUGAGGCCGCCACCUCCACAGAGUCGAUUUGCUCCUUUUGGGGCGUUGAACCCCUUCAACCGCCAGUCCCCUUGCCCCUCGCCUGAGCCCGCUGCCAAUCCCACAACAGAUUCCUCCAGAGGUGCAGAGGGCGGUGGGACAUCCACUGGGGUCACAGAAGGGUUGUCCCCACCCCCUGACCCCACCUGGCGACCUCCCGCCGACCUGUCCGUGCUGUCAUUGGAGGAAGUGUCAUCCUGCCUUCGGUUCAUCGGCCUAUCAGAGGCAGCGGUGGCCGUGUUCCAGAGGGAGCGAAUUGACGGCAGCCUCCUGGUGCAGCUGACUGAGGACAUCCUGUCACAUGACUUCCACCUGAGUCGACUUCAUGUCACCAAGAUCACACAGUUCAUACAGGGAUGGAGGCCCAAGAUCUAGCAUAUGCACACACACACACACACACACACACACUGUCCUGAUAAUGUGCCUGUUGGCUGCUGAGCCGUCCUGAAUGUGCCUUCCACUGUGACCAACCGGCUGCUGAGCCCCACUGACUCAAACUGAGACUUUGCUGAAAGAAACCACGCCACCUUGUGGUCAAACUGUAGAACUGACACUUGACUGGCUCUCAUGCCAGGAGUCUGACAGACUGACUGCAUACUUCCUGUCUGAAUCACAGACUGGGACUAGUUUACUAACAAAUGGCUACGACAGAGAGCUACAUGAUGAAAGUGCCCUGUUUGAAAUUAUCUUUGGGGCAGAUAGUCAACCUCAAUACGCCAUCAUGCUCGGAGAAAGCGAAAGGUUUUGGGUAUUACUCGGAUUUGUGUGGCCUGUGCUGUGGUCCCACAUAAAACUUGAUUUUAGGGGAAAACAUGGCUUCAUUUUACAUAAAAAAUAUUUUCACAAGUGAACAGAAUUUUUGCAGUUUUUACAUAUUUCAUUAUUCACUCCACAGUGAAGAUUUAAAGGCCAGUGUGUAGGAUUUAUUGGCAGAAAUGUAAUAUAAUAUUCAGAAUUAUCCUGUCAUCAGUGUAUAAUCACCUGAAAAUAAAAACUGUUGAUACUUUAGAAUGAGCUUUUUAUAUCUACAGAGUCCACCAUGGUUCUACAAACUGCUCUAGUGAGCACCUUUCCCGUUUUAGAGACCACCGCAGGGAGGUGAGGCGAGGGGUCUUCAGUUGGUUGCAACUUAGAUACCACUAAAUCCAACACACUGGUCCUUCAAUGUGAGUUUUUGCAAUAUAAGGGGCAUUAAGGAAUUUACAGCCUCUAUUGUUGACCAGUAGGACAUGUAACAACACAGAUGUAACACUGAACCUGUUCCCAGAUGUUUAAAAAGUGUUGUAACUGUCCAGUUAUUAAAUAAUAAAAAGGAAUCAUGUCAUAGGAAAUUAGGCCUUUCAAAGUUCACUCUCCAAAGUGAGCUGAGGGAAAUGUGCAUGUUUCACCAUUUUCUUAAAUUUCAUACACCAAAUGAUUGACUAACUGAAGAUCAAUCGAUGAUAUCCAUCAUUAUGAGUUGCAGCCUAC